AUGUCGCAUGGGAGCACUUCAGAAGGUAGUUCCUCAUCUGCCCAGUCGAGCCGGCAGGUUGACGGAACAGCUGCAUCCAGUGGAAAGGCUGGUCGCAGGCGCAAACGUCUUGUUCAAGACAUCGUCGAGGGCUCUGCACGAGUGGACGGGGAACCUGACGCACCUCCGGCGCCAUCAUCGGACGACGAUCCAAACGUGGCUCUCCCCAGACGUAACACAGGCCACACUCAAGACGAGGAUGGUGCGGAAGCGGAGAACAAUGCUGAUGCCGACGCAGAAGAGGACGACGCCGGCGCGGGGCGUGCUCCCAAUGACGCACCGGUCACGCGUGAGGAGCUGCAUAGCAUAAGGGAGCUCCAUGAAGAGACGGCACGUGCGAUCGCAAGGUUGGAGACGGCGUUCCUUGCGAAGCCCAAGGAAGACAGCAGCCCUAAGAAGAGGAGGAGGCGCAAGCGCGGCUCCGGCAAGGGAAAGCGCCGGAAGGCGCGGCGGGCACGCUCCACGUCCGAGACGGCGUCCGAUGAGGAGGGGGGCUUCGACGACGAGGACGAGGGCCACCUUCGACACUCCCCAUCUGCCAUUAUGCAGGAGGCGCUCGACCUACUCCCGACGGACAAAGGCUGGAAGGAAUUAUGUGAGCAGGCACGUACCGAGCUGUUCGUUCGGCGCUCCAACGCACAGCUGACGUUCUACCCCAGCACUGCCGCCAAGACUUGGGCCAUCUGCGCAGUCGUGGAUAACCUGACGGAAAGCUAUGCAAGCGUGACUCUCGCGGCGUGCAAGGCACGUCGGGUCGACCUGAACAGGUCGUUCAGCGACUGGAAGACUGGUGCGGCAGGGAGAGUCCGCGACAUCGGGCUGCCGAAGAUUGGACUUUUUCGCCACGACCGAGACAUGAAGAGUCCAUGGGCGACCAAGGCGAGGCGCACCCUCUCCCGGAUCCGAGAUAGGGUCGGCCUUGGUGACGUACCGGCGGGGAAGCUGCGGCUGUCUAGCUGGAGUUGCUCCCGUGAAGGGAUGCCGUUUGCAUCUGGGGCGUUUACGGCCUGCGCACAUGCGGUGUUCAAGCCAAGGAUGGUCAACGGGACUGUGACACUGAAGCUCUACCACGUAGCAUGGAUGGAGCACGUGGUACGCAAACACCGUGGUCAUUUAGACGACUUAAAGUACCUGGGCGAGUGUCCUCACGUGCGCUUGUACGUGGUUUGCGGUGCGCAGGUGACAGAUGCGGUCAAUCACUGGGAGGCGCGCCAGGGUCGCUUCGCCAACUCCGCGAGCACCAACGCGCAGAUCGUGGACGGCCUCCACGUCCUCAUCAAGGCUGCUGUUAGGGCCGCCAUUGCGGAUUUCCGACCAGCCUAUGACGAGGCGUCCCAGAGCUGGGAGUGGGGCCGCCAUGGUCUCCGCAUCUCGGCCGACGGCAUCGCUGCCGUCGAAGCAGUGACCGCGGAGGCAAGCGUCAGCCGCGGUACUCCGCAGGCCUAA